CUUCUUCCUCCUACUCGGCGAAGCCGGAGGCUAGCUAGCUCGCUCGGCGGCCAUGGCGGGCGGGGCGAUGGUGCAGACGGUCGGGGGCAAGACGUACCCCGGGAGGAUGACGGCGUUCGUGUUCUUCACCUGCCUCGUGGCGUCGUCGGGGGGGCUCAUCUUCGGCUACGACAUCGGCAUCUCCGGCGGCGUGACGUCCAUGGACUCGUUCCUGAGCGAGUUCUUCCCGUCGGUGUACGCCAAGGCGAAGGCGAGCAAGGACACCAACCAGUACUGCAAGUUCAACAGCCAGCUGCUGACGCUGUUCACGUCGUCGCUGUACCUGGCGGCGCUGGCGACGUCGUUCGUGGCGGCGUGGGUGACGCGGGUGUUCGGCCGGAAGUGGUCCAUGUUCUGCGGCGGCAUCACGUUCCUCGCCGGCUCGGCGCUCAACGGCGCCGCCACGGACGUGAUGAUGCUCAUCCUGGGGCGCAUCCUGCUGGGGGUCGGCGUCGGGUUCGCCAACCAGUCGGUGCCGCUCUACCUGUCGGAGAUGGCCCCGGCGAACAUGCGCGGGAUGCUCAACAUCGGGUUCCAGCUCAUGACCACCAUCGGCAUCCUCUCGGCGAACCUCAUCAACUACGCGACGGCGAACCUCGAGGGCGGAUGGGGGUGGCGCAUCGGGCUGGGGCUCGCCGGCGUGCCGGCGCUCAUCAUCACGCUCGGCGCGCUGGUCCUCCCGGACACGCCCAACUCCCUCAUCGCCCGUGGCUACGCCGGCGACGCGAAGCGGGUGCUCGUCAAGAUCCGCGGCACCGACGACGUGCAUGACGAGUACGAGGACAUGGUGGCGGCGAGCGAGGAGGCGAGCGCCAUCGAGCACCCGUGGCGGAACAUCCUGGAGCGGAAGUACCGGCCCCAGCUCACCGUGGCCGUGCUCAUCCCCUUCUUCCAGCAGCUCACCGGCAUCAACGUGAUCAUGUUCUACGCGCCGGUGCUGUUCCUCACCAUCGGGUUCGCCGGCGACGCGUCCCUCAUGUCCGCCGUCAUCACGGGCCUCGUCAACAUGUUCGCCACCGUCGUCUCCAUCGUCUCCGUCGACCGCCUGGGCCGCCGCGCCCUCUUCCUCCAGGGCGGCACCCAGAUGUUCAUCUCCCAGGUGGUCGUCGGCACGCUCAUCGCGCUCCAGUUCGGCACCACCGGCGACGGCGAGAUGUCCCGCUCCUACGCCAUCCUCCUCGUCCUCUUCAUCUGCCUCUACGUCGCCGGCUUCGCCUGGUCGUGGGGCCCCCUCGGGUGGCUCGUCCCCAGCGAGGUCUUCUCGCUGGAGAUCAGGUCGGCCGGCCAGAGCAUCGCCGUCUGCGUCAACAUGCUGCUCACCUUCAUCAUCGGCCAGGCCUUCCUCACCAUGCUCUGCCACCUCAAGUUCGGCCUCUUCUACUUCUUCGCCGGCUGGAUGCUCGUCAUGACCACCUUCGUCGCCCUCUUCCUGCCGGAGACCAAGGGGGUGCCCAUCGAGGAGAUGAACCUCGUCUGGAGCCGCCACUGGUUCUGGGGCAGCUACGUCACCGGCCACGACGCCGGCGCCGCCGCCGCCGGCAACCGCAGAAGCCACAACGUCUAGCGCUCUUGCCCUGGCUGCAUGCCAUUUCAGCGUCUAGCUCUCCUCUCUCCUCUAUAUAUACGUAUAUCUUUAAUUAUAUCUACGUAUUUAUACAGAUCGGCAGCUUGUGUAAUUAGUUAAUUAAUGCCAGAAGUAAAUUCAUUUCAAGGAACAUUUUUUUUUUUGUAAGUUUGGGAGGACUUCUAGAAUUUAAUCGUCAUCACAGGUUUAAGACAUUUCACGUAGAGGUUUGUAACUUUUCUAGAUGUUUUUAUGGAGGUUUUUCUAGUAAAGUCUUUGGCUUGUAAGAAUUAAUUUUUCGUCUUUGUACAAUUAAUUAUAUAUUGUAUUUUGAUUACGCAGAAUAUGCACAAGAA